AUGGCUCCGCCGGCAAAGCCCAGCUUCCGCUUUCUGGACCUGCCGAAGGAGAUCCGCCUCGUGGUGUACGAGCGCCUGCCCAUCAAGACGCGCCACCUCCGGCUACGCAGCGGAAGUAUCACUUUCAUCGCCCGAUCCCUACCGGUCGCCAUCCUAGGAGUCUGUCGCCAAAUCCACGAAGAGGCCCUGUGCAUUCUCGGUCCGAAGCUCUACCAAAUACUCUCGACGCCCCCGCGCAUUGCUGUCACCUUUGCUGCGAUGAAAAUCUUCGUCCUAGAAGCUAUUGUCUCCGCGCUCUUGGCGGCCGUUCGGUGUGACAGCGGGCACCAAGCGCUCUUCCAGGCGCUAUCAAGGCCAAGGCCAUUAGGAACCGAGCGCCGCAUUGUCGAUCGAUUCGUGUUGCUAGCCAGGCUGUAUCAAAGCAGUACAUCUGGGCGGGAUCAUGAGUCGAGAGACUUGGACGCUGGAGUGGGCGGAAGGCGAGGUGGCCUAAGUACGGAACUGGGGCGUAGAGGCUCUACAUAG